UCGGGGGAUUAGCUCGGGGUGGGCGCGCUCCACGGGCCGCCAUUGCUCGGCGUCUUUGAGCCGCCGCGUCCCCCUCUGGCCUUCUCAGCCCGGGUCUCUACUCAGUUCUCCAGUCCAGUGGCAAAAAUGCUGAGCUUUCUCCGUAGAACUCUGGGUCGCCGGUCAAUGCGUAAACAUGCUGAGAAGGAGAGACUCCGAGAGGCACAGCGAGCCGCCACACACAUUCCUGCUGCUGGAGAUUCUAAGUCCAUUAUCACAUGCCGGGUAUCCCUUCUGGAUGGGACUGAUGUUAGUGUGGACUUGCCGAAAAAAGCCAAAGGACAAGAGCUCUUUGAUCAGAUCAUGUACCACCUGGACCUGAUUGAAAGUGACUAUUUUGGUUUGAGAUUUAUGGAUUCAGCCCAAGUAGCUCAUUGGUUGGAUGGUACAAAAAGCAUCAAGAAGCAAGUAAAAAUUGGUUCGCCCUAUUGUCUGCAUCUACGUGUUAAGUUUUAUUCUUCGGAACCAAAUAACCUUCGUGAAGAGCUAACCCGGUAUUUAUUUGUUCUUCAGUUAAAGCAAGAUAUUCUCAGUGGGAAAUUAGAGUGUCCCUUUGAAACAGCAGUGCAGUUGGCAGCUUAUAAUCUGCAAGCGGAACUUGGAGACUGUGACCUUGCUGAGCAUAGUCCUGAAGUUGUCACUGAGUUCAGAUUUGUGCCCGUUCAGACUGAAGAGAUGGAACUGGCUAUUUUUGAGAAAUGGAAAGAAUACAGAGGUCAGACACCGGCACAAGCGGAAACCAAUUAUCUCAAUAAAGCCAAAUGGCUGGAAAUGUACGGAGUUGAUAUGCAUAUAGUCAAGGCUAGAGAUGGAAAUGACUAUAGUUUGGGAUUAACCCCAACAGGAGUUCUUGUUUUUGAAGGAGAGACCAAAAUUGGCUUGUUUUUUUGGCCCAAGAUAACCAGAUUGGAUUUUAAGAAGAAUAAAUUAACCUUAGUGGUUGUAGAAGAUGAUGACCAGGGUAAAGAGCAGGAGCAUACAUUUGUUUUCAGACUGGAUCAUCCAAAAGCAUGCAAACAUUUAUGGAAAUGUGCUGUGGAACACCAUGCCUUUUUCCGCCUCCGAGGACCUGUCCAAAAGAGUUCAAAUCGUUCAGGAUUUAUUCGACUAGGAUCACGAUUUAGAUAUAGCGGGAAAACUGAGUAUCAGACCACAAAAACUAACAAAGCAAGAAGGUCAACAUCCUUUGAAAGAAGGCCCAGCAAACGAUAUUCUCGUCGGACUCUACAAAUGAAAGCAAACACAGCAAAACCUGGAGAACUUGGUGUUCACAAUAAUGUUUCAACCCAGAGUAAUGACUCCCAACAGGCUUGGAAUGUGAGAUUGCCUGUUCCUCUAAGUCCCUCCUCAUCCUCUGGUCCUGUUCUGGUGGAGAUAGACAAUCUUCCACAGAGUUCUGCGGCAGACUCACAUGACAGAAAAUGCUUGCCUCUGAGUAUGGAUUUGCUAAACAGCCCAGACUUAUUGGAAACAACUAUUGGUAAUGUAACUGUGGCAUCAGAUAUGAUGGAGUCAUUACCAGCACUGGAUGACAUUAAUGUAGCAACCAAGCCAACUGGAUUAGAGGAGACCAAAAUUGAAUGUGGAACAUUUAAAGAUGCUACAGAGAAGCUUAAGAAGCUUGAGACAGAGUGCAAUCCUUUGCCAUCUCCUAGGCCCACCAUUGACAUUAAUGUCAACAGCCAGGAAGAAGUGGUAAAACUGACUGAGAAAUGUCUUAAUAAUGCCAUUGAGAGCCCAGGAUUGAAUGCCGUAAGAGUUCCUCCUGACUUCAAAAGUAAUAUUUUGAAGGCUCAAGUAGAAGCAGUACAAAAGGUUACAAGAGAAGAUAGCUUAUUAACUCAUAAAAAUGCCAAUGCUCAGGAUGCUGCCUCAAACAGUGCUAUAGCAAAUGAGAAUAACAUGUCCCUCUGCAAAGAUUCUCUUGUUCUGGUGCACCCCAGUCCUGCAGACAAUACUUCUGUUCUAAAGGAUGCUACAGAUGAAUUGGAUGCCUUACUCUUAUCUCUAACUGAGAAUCUAAUGGACCACACAGUCACACCUCAGGUGUCUUCAACAUCCAUGAUCACACCCCGGUGGAUAAUUCCACAGAGCGGACUUGCAGGAGGAUGUGGACCCUCUCUGGCAGAGAUGGAGGGGGCUGGUAAUAAAGACGGAGUCUCGCUGAUCUCUCCCCCAGCACCAUUCUUGGUAGAUGCUGUGACCAGCUCUGCUCCUAAGUUGGCGGAAGACACUAUCUUGAAGCAAAAGUGUCUACUAACCACUGAGCUCUGAAGAGGUCCUUCCUUUCCUAUAACUGGGCCACCCAGCACUCUCCAACAGACCGUCCUGGAAUCCAUUUCAGCGGGAAUGCUUGGACUGAGGAGCUUGUCUUUAAAAAGUUCUUCUUAGAUCUGACUUUAACUUCACAAAGAAAGUAGCUGCAUUUUCCGUCCAACUGGAAGUCCAUGCUGCAUAUCUGCCCAACUGAAGUCUUUCACUGUCUGUAAUUUAUUAGUGUUGCGGAUGCCAGAGUCCAUUGAAUUCCCUGCAGUUUCCAAGCUCUUGGCUCCACCUAGUGGUUACUCCUGUUUAUAGUGACCUCAUAGCCAUGCCUUACGGCAAUAGCCUUUGAUGGCUGUUUUCCUGUAGUAUCAGAGUGAUCAUCCUGUUAUAGAAAUCAUACUUUCCUGUUCAUUACCUGGAAAUCGGGUAUUUAGGAAAUUGACGUAGACACUCUGUAGGCUCUUUUAUAGUUCCAGUACUAAAGGGAAUUUGAGAAGGCAGAGAUUUUAAAUCCCUCCCUUAUGAAUAGAUGGUCCUACUACUUUAAAUUGACACCAAGGUAAGAUAAAGGGUGAGAAGACCCUCACAGAGAGCAGGCAUAGUCUUCUUGGCUCUCCCUUCCCAUAGGAAGCACUCAAGUGUACCACAUACCUAUCUGUAACUUUCCAGCCUGAGAGGGAGCGGGUCCCUGGUGCCUGGUCAGAAACCCUAGGCACCAACCUGGGCCUGUACUCUCCUUGCUGAGCCAGGGGGAAGGCACAGCACAGAGAGCUCCACACUGGAACCUGCUGGGACAGAGCCUGCAUUUCCUUUCAUUACACACUGAAUGAGUUUAGUACUUUCAAACUAAAACAAAAGCACCAGCCAGAAAUUGGGAAUGGGAUGAGAGUUUGGUUCUUGAAGUGUUAGGCCUAACGCCUAACACAUGUGAAGCUAUAUCCAGUCUUCUGGAAGAAGUUAUGUUAUAAUUAGGGGCUUUGUAUUAGUUGAAAGAGUUCUCUAGAAUUCCCCCAGCCUUUUUUGGCCUGUAUCCAAAAAAAAAAAAAAAAUCUGGAUAUAAAAAUCAUUAAAAAAGUAGAUUUCUACUUGCAAUCCCAGCAUGCAAAAUGACACUAAUCUAGCUUUAAAUUUGUAAACUGAAAAGUAAACAUUUGAAUUGUCAUGGGAAAUGAGUAUGGUAUGUAAAUGACAUUGGUGGUGGUGAAGGUAGUACCUUAUUACCAAGGACUAGUGUUAAGCUGUAUUUCCUGGAAUGUUUGGUUUUCUGUGCCUGGUGUGAUGUAUACAUAAUUGAGUAUUCACUUGUAGUUCUCAGCUAAGGAAACUUCCAGCUUUGUGAUCUUUAAAAUCACCUGGGCUUUGUGUGUAGUAUAAAUAAGUGUUCAGGCAAACACACAAGUGUUUGAAAAGCUAAAGAAUUUUAAUCUUGUACCAUUUCCAAGAAAACUGAAGAUUCUGGAAGCCAUUUCUGCAUAAAACAUUUUUGCUAAAGAAAAGUUGCUGGCUGAUUCUCUUUAGCCAGUAACUAAGCUGCUGAGUUUCUUGAGUGUUCCUGUCCGUCCUCUAUUAUCAAAGACCUUUUCUCACAACUGUGACACCUAGAACUUGCAGCUUGAUGUGAGACUUACUGGCUUGGCCAUCAGAUUUCCAAUGUCUGACAACCCUGGAUGGCCUAUAUAAGGUUAGUUGUGCUGCCAGACACAGGCCAGUGAAGGUAUUGUAACUUACAAGGCCUGAAUGGCAUGCCGGGUGUAGUGGCGCACACCUUUAAUCCCAGCAGUUGGGAGGCAGAGGUAGGAGGAUUGCCAUGAGGCCACUGAGACUACAUACUAAAUUCCAGGUCAACCUGGGCUAAAGCGAGACCCUACCUCAAAAAACGACAACAACAAAAAGACCUGAAUGGCCCAUUCUGUUUAGAAGGUUGCACCACCCUUAUUUCAAACUUUCCAAAAUUUGGGAAUUAAGUAGAAAAAUCCUCCAUAACAUUUUGUCUUUGGGUACCUGAAGUCUUGCCAAUCAAAAUAUUUGAUAGGGACUUUGUUAAGUUCAUUCUGACCUGAGGCUAAAAGAAAAUCUUACCUCAUGUACUUACAUGAAGUGGUAAACUUGGAAAUUAAUACUUGAAUUAUGAAUUGGCCCUGAUGGAUACCUGUUAAA